AUGGCGAUUUCGGAGUCAGAAGUCAUUGUUGGCUCUCUCCAGGAGCCCAUGACAGCUCUAUCCCUUGAUAAGCCAGCCUUGGCGGAAACUGCCAUCGCUGUAGAUGCCGAUGGCGACGUGGCAGGCAUCAACAGUCCUGGCGACAGAGGAACCUUCCUCGCCGCCAGGGUCGCUGACCGGGAGAAACAGCUCGCCGCCAAUAUACGAAGCAUCCUCAAAAACGUUGGAGAAGAUCCAACCCGAGAGGGUCUUCUCAAAACCCCCGAACGGUACGCUAGAGCCAUGCUCUUUUUUACUAAAGGCUACGACGAAAGCGCAUGGAAUCUCGCCAAGGACGCCAUCUUUAAUGUAGAUCACAGCGAGAUGGUUCUGGUCCGCGACAUCGAGGUAUUUAGCAUGUGCGAGCAUCAUCUGAUUCCCUUCAUGGGGAAGGUCCAUAUUGCGUACAUGCCCAGCGGUCGUGUAUUGGGUUUAUCGAAGCUGGCUCGAAUUGCAGAAGUUUAUGCGCGCAGACUGCAGGUCCAAGAACGUCUGACGCAGCAGAUCGCGCAGGCAGUUGAUGAUAUUCUGAAGCCCCAGGGGGUGGUCGUUGUAAUAGAAUCUGCACAUAUGUGCAUGGUUAUGCGAGGCAUCCAAAAGACCAGCUCCAUGACUACGACUGCCUGCAGGACCGGUAUUUUCAAGAAGAACAAAGAUGUUGAGGAACAAUUUCAGUUCCUUCUCAAACUGAGACAAAGUUCAUAG